AUGAAACUUACUCUUGCCACCCAUCCUAUUCUGGCGGCCUGGAUGCUUUCGCUGACAGCCACCGCAGCCAACGACUCAGACUCUCCCACUCUGCCGCUGAGCACCGACUCAGCUUUCAACUUCCAAUUACUGAUAACCCUCGGCGAUGCCAUAACCGGUGGAGCAGAUAUCGGGCCCGUCCUAGGCGCAGCUAAGAACAUCAUCCCUGGAGACUUCUCCUCGUUCAGCGAGCAGUUCUAUGCGCUGGCCAACGAUACCAAAGCCCAAGCUGCGGACCCAGAGAACGCCUACGAUGGCAUCAAUGUGCGCGAGACGUGGUUCUCGGCGUCGCAGUACUUUCGGCGCGCCGACAUUCUCCUGCACAACGACUGGGACAACCCUCUCCUUACCAGCUUGUGGGCUGAGCAGACGGCGGCUUUCGACGCCGCCAUUGCGGCGUUGCCUAUUCCGGGGCAGCGAGUGCGUUUUCCAGCGACCAAGGGUAGCUUCACCAUUGAUGCCAUCUGGUAUGCAGCAUCCGCUAGCCCUGAUGCCAAACUGCCUACGCUGGUGAUUGGGAACGGGUUUGACGCGGCCCAAGAAGACUCCUACCACUACUUUGUAGCCUCUGCCCUAGCUCGUGGCUGGAAUUGCAUCACGUAUGAAGGCCCCGGGCAGCCCACGAUCCGCCGAGAACAAGAACUAGGUUUUAUUCCCGACUGGGAGAAUGUCGUUACUCCCGUCGUGGACUAUGUCUUGUCAGAAAAGGCCAACGUCGUGGACGAGAACCGGCUCGCGCUCGUGGGCAACUCCUUUGGCGGCUACCUCGCAGCGCGGGCCGUCGCCUUCGAAAGCCGCAUCUCGGCAGCUGUCCUCGUCGACGGCGUGUGGGAUCUGUAUGCUGGUUAUUCCGCGCAACUAACACCCGAUAUAAGAGCUAUAUAUGAGGCGGGCAAUUACUCGCAAUUUGAUCAAGAACUCCUCUCGCUACGCGCAGCCGGGAAACUGUCUAGCGACGCGGCCUGGGGCGUGGACUACGGCUUGUGGGCAUUCAACACGCACUCCCCUUCGGACUUCUUUGAUCAGACCAAGAAGUAUCAGCUCGAGUCUGUUGUUAGCCAGAUCAACGUACCUGUGUUCGUCGGCAGCGCCCAGUUCGAGAAUAUUUUCCCAGGCCAGCCGCAACAGGUCAAGGAUGCUCUGGGGGACAAGGCCACGCUCUAUUUGUUCAACGGAACUGCUGGGUAUCAUUGUCAAACGGCGGCUGGACAAGAGAUGACGAGGGCUGUCUUUGCAUGGUUGAAUAAGACUUUGUGA